AUGAGGCACCCAGCUGAUUCAAUGUCAUGGAAGUCAUUUGAUGAACUUCAUCCUUCAUUUGCAGUUGAGCCUCGUAAUGUUCGACUUGGACUUGCUAGUGAUGGAUUUCAGCCAUUCCGAAAUUCAAAAACCUCACAUAGCAUUUGGCAUGUGGUUCUUAUUCCUUAUAAUUUACCACCUUGGUUGUGCAUGAAACAAGAAAGUUUUAUUUUGUCAAUGCUUAUUCCUGGUCCAAAUGGCCCAGGAGAUGCAAUUGAUACAUAUCUUCAGCCUUUAUUAGAGGAAUUGAAGGAAUUGUGGGAGGUUGGUAUUGAGACCUAUGAUGCGUCAGCUAAAACGAAUUUUAAGUUGCAUGCUUCUUUGUUGUGGACCAUCAAUGACUUUCCAGCAUAUGAAAAUUUAUCUAGAUGGAGUACAAAAGGAAUAUUGGCAUGUCCAUAUUGCAAUAAAGACACUUCAUCAACUCGAUUGUCUAAUGGUAAGAAGCAGUGUUAUAUGGGUCAUCGACGCUACCUUCCUCAUAAUCACAAAUGGAGGAAUGAGAAGAAGUCAUUUGAUGGUACAGAGGAGAGAAGACCCCCGCCACAAAUGUGUUCUGGUAUUGAGAUACUUAAUCAAGUGCAGGAUCUUGAAGGGCUACAAUUAUCAAAGGAUCCGAAGAAAAGGAAGAAGAUAUCACAUGAAAAUCGAAAGGAUAAUUGGAACAAAAAAAGUAUCUUUUUUGAACUUCCAUAUUGGAAGAGUCUCUUGUUGCGAAAUAAUUUGGAUGUAAUGCAUAUUGAAACAAAUAUAUGUGAUAAUAUUAUGGGGACAAUCAUGAAUGUCAAAGGAAAGACCAAGGACACAAUUAAAACUCGGUUAGAUUUGCAAGAAAUGAACUUUAGGCUAGAAUUGCACCCUAUCCAAAAAGGGGAGAAAAUUGAAGUUGCAACUGCAUGCUACACAUUGUCUCCCGAAGAUAAGCACAAGUUAUGCCUUUUCCUAAAGAAUCUAAAGGUUCCUGAUGGAUUUUCAUCUAAUAUUUCUCAAUGUGUGAACCUGAAAGAUCACAAGAUAUCUGGGUUGAAAAGUCAUGAUUGUCAUGUUCCUCUGCAACAUCUACUCCCUCUUGCACUUCGUGGUAUAUUGUCACAAGAAGUGUGUGAACCUCUUAUUGAGUUAUCUUUGUUUUUUUGUAUUCUUGGAUCAAAGGAGUUGAGAAUUGAUAACUUGGAACAUAUUGAAGCUCAAAUUCCCAUUACACUUUGCAAAGAGUUUGCACAAACUCAUGAAAAUGCUCGCCACCUGUCUGAUAUAGAAUGGAAUCGACAAUUUAUUGAAUGGUUUAAAGAUAGGGUUGCACAAUUGCAUAAAGGAGAUUGUAGUCGUAUCAUGGAAGAUCUGCUCUCACUUUCACGCGGUCCUACACGAUAUUCGACGCAUUCUAAUGGUUACAUUGUUAAUGGAUAUAGAUUUCAUGUAGAAGAUUAUGAUAAAAAGUUAAGGACUCAAAAUUGUGGUGUCGUUGUAUUGGGUGAGAAUGAUAAAGAUAGUGAGAACCUUGAUUAG